ACAGGAAAUAGAACAAAGAAGUUAAAGCAAGAUUGUGUGUGUUCUAGUAUCUAUAAUAUAAAUAAUACACAUUAAUUUUUUAACAUUCAUUACAUUCUAAUAAGUUGUGAUGAGUGUGUGCCAUUGUAAUUUGUUCUGUAGUUAUUGUACUUCGAAACAAGUAACUAAUUUUAUUCUAGUUUCAAUUGUUGCGUACUCUAAGCGCCAAUCCUUCAUCAAGUGUGCCUUGUGCGGCUAUAGUGUACAUUUAUUAGACAAAAAGGAGCAAUAAUAGGGGUUGUCGAAUCAGUUUAUUAUGAAAACAACAACAAACCUAACUAAGAAAACAUUAGGAAGUAAUUUAUAUAAAUAUGAAACAAUGAAGGGAAGAAGGAGAACAAGUACAUUUAUUGUAUAGGGCACAACCGGACCAACGAGACGUGGCCCUCAUUGUCAAAUUGUAAUGCCUGGCCCGGCUCUAAUUUUCAUAUUCAAUAUAGUGAACGAGUCAAUAAACACAAUAAAAACACAUAAAGUUAGAUGUUGAGACCUUUUCUUAGAAAGAGAAAUCUCGAAAUUGUAAGGAACUGUAAAUAGAUUGUAAAUUUAGAAAGUGCAGGAACAAUUUUUAGGGAACUAUUUUUUAACAGCAUGCCGAGGGUGGUCGGUCAUGUCAUAAAUUAUAAGUUGUAGUUUUUUAGAAAUCGUACCGUACCGUCACGAAGUGACCCUGACUAAGUAACCGAGGGUGAGGGGUGGCGACGGUACUGGAUACAAUUUUAACUUAAGUUUUUCGACGAGACUAAAAUUGAACUCCAAUAAGGACAGUUGACUUGUAACAAAAAAAAGGAAAAAACUUUGUACUUGCACAAAAAAUAAAAAUUAAGUCGAACUACAAUAUGUAUUUUAAUACAGCGUUUUAACAAUUGGUUAAGACGCAACAUUUUUUUGGUCCUUCGAGCCGGAUUCAGUGAAUAAGUGAAAAAAAUUACGAAAAUCUGUAGUUAUCUCUGGACGUGAUAAGUGCAACUGGACUUUACAAUAAUAAAAUUAAAUGGUACUGUAACGGUGAGCGGAUUGCAAAUAAAUUAAAUCAACGGACUUAAAUGUACUUGGACUAAUAGUAAGCGAACAAACGAAAGAGUGAACAAAAAAGUAUACAAAGGUGACAAUUUAAUAAAUAGUGUUAAAGUUAAGUAUUUUGGAAUUGUGUGACUAAUUAAUAAAAGUGUAAUACGUGUACAAUUCUUUAUUGGAUUUAUGGGACAUAUUGUCAGUUAGUUACUGGACUAUCAUUAAGAAUAAUCGGCGGAAAACUGUGUGUUUGCAGCCUACACUCAUUGUACUACGGCGAGCGGCACAACGUACAUCAAAUAGAAAAAAAAUCAACAGAAUAAACGUAAGUCUCCAAUUAUCAUUUUUUCCAUCCUCUUAAAACCAUUCAACGUGUGUUAACUAGUACAGAUAAAUUGAAUAACAAUGGACCAAUUAAAGUUUAAAAGGACAGGUAUUAAGGGGAGUUUGACUCGUUUUUUAAAUUUUUUAGACUCCGAGGAUUUAAAUCCUCAUGAAAUUAAAAAAAGUCUAGAGAAAUGUGAACAGCUAUACGACCAGUACAACGCUAUUCAAACAGAAAUAGAAAUAUUAUUUAAUGAUGAUGAGCAACAAACCGAAUUACAAGCUGCAGAUAGGGAAAGUUUCGAAAAUAAUUAUUUUCACGCUGUUUCAAAGGCACAAAAUUUAUUAGAUGAGACACAAUUAAUAAGUGCACAAACGUUGAAUUGUACAUCACAACCAACUAACGAAACUCACAUAAAAUUACCGGACAUUAGGUUACCAGUUUUUGAUGGUCAGUUAGGUAAUUGGUUGAAAUUUCGCGACUCCUUCGUAUCUAUGAUACAUGAAAAUGUAAAUCUAGAUAAUGUUGACAAAUUUAAUUAUUUAAAAGGUUAUGUAACGGGAGAAGCUGCACGAACUAUUGAAGCAUUAGGCGUAUCGGACGUAAAUUACACAAUUGCAUGGAACAAAUUAAAAUCGCGGUACGAAGACUCAAAUGCAUUACUAAAUCAUCAUAUAAGUAACUUGUAUGAAAUUCCAAAAAUGACGCGUAAUUCGUCUUUUGAAUUAAGAAAAUUAAUUGAUGAUACGACGAAUCAUCUACUUGCACUCGAGGUACUCGGAGAGAAAAUACAAUAUUGGGACCGUAUGGUAAUCUAUUUAACUUCAUCAAAAUUACAUUUUUCAAUUAAUAAGGAAUGGGAAAGAAUUUUAGCGGGUAAAGCUGAAAUGCCGACAUUUAAGGAAAUGGUUAGGUUUUUAGAGAAUCAUUGCAAAUUUCUAGAAAAAACAGUUGUUGAUAAUUAUUCUCAUAAUGAGAAAACAAAUAGUAGGUUUUUAAAUAAGAACGUUCCCUUACGAAAUAAUAAUAUAAAAUCGUAUGCGGUAACAACAAUAAACAACAAAACAUGUGCAUUAUGUAAGGGUGCACACCCAUUGUACGCCUGCGAAAGUUUCAAAAGGCUUUCACCACCUGAAAGAAUAACUAAAGUUAAGGAACUAGGAUUAUGUUUUUGCUGUUUAGCUAGUGGCCACCAAAAUAAAAAUUGUAGUUUUGGUCCAUGCAAAAAAUGCGGAAGAAAGCACAAUAAUUUGCUUCACGUUGAAAAAACAUCAACUGAGGUACAAGCACCAACGGGUUCUGCUAGCCCUCAGUUAACAUGUAGUGCAUUAACAACAACAAAUUCAGCAUCUUAUGUACUCCUAGCAACCGCGAAUGUAUUGUUGUAUGAUAAGCAGGGAAGAGAGCAUGAAUGUCGAGCAUUGUUAGACUCAUGUUCUCAGCCAAAUAUUAUGACAGCAGCAUUAUGUAAAAAAUUAGGGUUGGAACAACUAAAAACCAACAUUACUUUGUCAGGAAUAGAUCAGGGCACUCGGCAUGUUGCAUGUAAGGCAACGACAAAAUUAAAAUCGCGGAUUAAUAACUUUUCGACCUCAAUAACCUACAUCGUAAUUGAUAAAAUUAGCGACAAUUUACCUUCGCGACAUGUUAGGUUAAACAAAGUCCAAAUUCCAGCUGGUAUAGAACUUGCCGAUCCUCAAUUCAACUAUUCAAGACCGGUAGACAUACUUAUUGGGGCAAGUUUGUUUUAUCAAUUAAUGUCUGUAGGUCAAAUUAAAUUAAGUGAAAAUCAGCCGAUAUUCCAAAAAACGGUACUUGGAUGGAUAGUCGCUGGAUCUAUAAAUGUAGCUCCAGAAAAGGGAGUUGUAUGUAACAUAAUUAAAAAUAAUGAAUUACACAAAUCCCUUGAAAGGUUUUGGGAAAUUGAACAUUGUUACGGAGAAUUGCAAGGACUUAAUAAACCGGACUUAAUAAUAAAGCAAUUUUUAAAAACAGUCAAACGUGAUGAAAGUGAACGUUUCGUAGUAAGUAUUCCUUUCAAAGAUAGCAUAUCAAAAUUAGGUAACUCAAGAAAUUUAGCUUAUAAAAGAGUAACAACGAUAGAUCGCAAAUUUAGUAAAAAUCUGGACUUAAAAUUAGAAUACAUUAAAUUUAUGAACGCACCGGAAGCCAAGGACAAGCAGUUAAAUUUAUUAAUACAAAGGGUAAAUGAAGAAAAGGACGAAGAAGAGAACAACGAAGUGGAAACUACUAACUUUAAUAUAUUUAAUAGGUUUUCUUCAUAUUCAAAAUUGAUAAGAACCACAGCAUAUCUGAUUCGUUUUAUUAAAAAUUGUAGGGAAGCAAUCAAAGUAAGAAACAUUAGCACUAACGUAACACAAAAUAAAAAUAGAGCAAGAAAGGAAUUGAACAAACCGUUAAGUAGUAUAGAACUAGAAUGUGCAACUAAUUAUUUAGUCAAACUUUCCCAGCAACAAACAUUUUCAAAGGAAAUAUUAGAACUAGAAAAAUUUAAGAAACUAUCAAAGACUAGUAACUUAUUGCAACUUAAUCCAUUUUUAGACGAAUCUAGAUUAUUAAGAGUAGGAGGUAGGUUAAAAAAUGCCUCUAUUCCGUAUGAUCAAAGGCAUCAAAUGAUACUUUCCGCUAAACACCGAUUUGCGCACUUAUUAAUUGAAUCUGAACAUAAAAGAUUGUUACAUGCAGGUUGCCAAACUGUACUUGUAUCAUUACGUAAACGUUUUUGGUUACUUGCAGCAAAAAAUCAAAUUAAAAAAAUCCUAAGGCAAUGUAUAACGUGUUUUAGAUUCAAUCCUAAGCAAUCAGUAUAUUUAAUGGGUGAUUUGCCUUUAUCACGAAUAACGCAAAUGCGUGCAUUUUAUGUUUGUGGGGUCGAUUAUGCCGGCCCAUUUUUAAUCAAAGAAAAACUACGCUCACGUGUUGCUAUAAAGGCUUAUAUUUGUAUUUUUGUUUGUUUCAGUACUAAAGCUGUUCACAUUGAAUUAGUUUCUGACUUAACUACAAACGCAUUUUUAAAUUGCUUGAAGCGUUUUAUUUCUCGUAGGGGUAUUUGUAAAACGAUAUAUUCAGACAACGGAAAAAAUUUUGUUGGUGCACGAAAUGAAUUAGUUGAACUAGGACACUUUCUAAAAAGCACAACAUUUCAAAAUAAUGUCAGGGAAUAUGCAUCAAAUAUAAAUAUUGACUGGCAUUUUAUUCCUCCUCAUGCGCCGCAUUUCGGCGGUUUAUGGGAGAGCGCAGUAAAAUCUGCAAAAUAUCAUUUAAAACGAGUAAUAGGUGAGACAAGGCUCACAUUCGAAGAACUGUACACAUUGUUAACACAAGUUGAAGCAUGCCUUAAUUCCAGACCUUUGUUUCCUAUGUCUAACGAUCCUAAUGACCUCUCCACUUUAACCCCUGGACAUUUCCUUAUUGGAGACUUAUUAACAGCACUACCACAGGCAGACCUGUGCGAUGAAACCACGCACAAACUUAAUCGUUAUCAACAUCUGCAACAAAUGUUACAACAUUUUUGGAAACGUUGGCACCUCGAAUAUCUCCCGAUAUUACAACCAAGGAAAAAAUGGACUAAAUCUACAGAACUAAAUUUGAAUCCUGGAGAUAUGGUACUGGUACGAGAGGAUAACACACCGCCGAUGCAGUGGCCUUUGGGACGUAUUGUUAAUACACAUGUGGGAAGUGAUAAUGUGACUCGUGUAGUGUCAGUGCGCGUAGCAAAAGGAACAAUUAAAAGACCUGUAUCAAAAAUAUACAAAUUACCAAGUAAGAAAGAAACAGACUGAGCAUAUAUGAUAAGGAUAAUAUAGUAAAAACUGAUCUAUGGGACAAUUAGUGAAUAAGCUAGUAUUAUAGUAAUGAAAUUAAAUAAAACUGAAAAAAAAAUGUGUAACGUAUCAUUAUUGUGUGUAAAUAUAACUGUGUAAAUAUGGGUGAAAUAAUUUUGUAGUAUCUAAGAUUAUUGUAUAAAACGUGUGUAUUAUAUUAAUUUUAAUGCUAGGGAUGAUUUUAACUGUUUAAGGUGUAUAAAAUUGUAUAUUGAUGUUAUUAUUUGUAGUUGGAUAUAAUUUAUUAUGUUGAAAGAUACUCUUUCAAGGCGGGCGGUAUGUUGAGACCUUUUCUUAGAAAGAGAAAUCUCGAAAUUGUAAAGAACUGUAAAUAGAUUGUAAAUUUAGAAAGUGCAGGAACAAUUUUUAGGGGACUAUUUUUUAACAGCAUGCCGAGGGUGAUCGGUCAUGUCAUAAAUUAUAAGUUGUAGUUUUUUAGAAAGCGCACCGUACCGUCAUGAAGUGACCCUGACUAAGUAACCGAGGGUGAGGGGUGGCGACGGUACUGGAUACAUUUUAACUUAAGUUUUAAAAGAGACUAAAAUUGAACUCCAAUAAGGACAGUUGACUUGUAACAAAAAAAAAAGAAAAAACUUUGUACUUGCACAAAAAAUAAAAAUUAAUUCGAACUACAAUCUGUAUUUUAAUACAGCGUUUUAACAAUUGGUUAAGAC